AUGCAGCUCACGUCGCUCCAAACCAUCUUUCUCCUCAUCCCUUGUGUGCUUUGUGCGACCUACUAUGUCGCACCCACUGGCUCAGAUACUGCCUCAGGAACGCUUGCUGCACCCUACAAGUCUAUCCAGGUCGCCGUUGACAAGGCCGUGGCUGGCGAUAGCAUCUUGCUUCGCGGCGGAACAUAUGCGCCCACCAAAAACAUUCAGAUCAAGAAGUCCGGUACUUCGUCUGCUCGCAUCACGCUUGCAGCCUACCAGACCGAGGUACCUAUCGUCGAUGGCGAGGCGCUGACCGGCACGCCGGCUCCUGUUGGUGGCAGCAUCGCGAGCGCUGACCGCGGUGUUCUCCAUAUCGAGGGUGCAUCUUACUGGACCAUCAAGAGCAUCCAAUUCAUCAACGGACCGUACGGAGCCUAUGCAACAGCUUCGAACAACAACAUCUUCCAGCAGCUCGUUACGCGCCAAAACUACGAAACAGGUUUCCAGCUCCAAGGUGCUAGCGCGAACAACCAGAUCCUCUACCUCGAUUCUUACGAGAACCGUGACCCGCGUAAGAAUGGCGAGUCCGCUGACGGUAUCGGUGUCAAAGAAGGAACUGGCGAGGGUAACUUGAUCAAGGGCGCCCGACUCUGGAACAACGUAGACGACGGUCUCGACUUUUGGGAGUUCAAGAGUAAGGUCACUGUCAUCGAUACCAUAUCAUGGGGAAACGGUAUAAAUCGUUGGGGCUUUACAGACUUCCAGGGCGAUGGCAACGGCUUCAAACUCGGUGGUGGAGACGAGGCAGAUAAGAAGGCCGCGAACCAUCAGUUGACAAACUGCAUCGCGUUCAACAACGCGGCGAAGGGAUUCACGGACAACAGCCAGCCCGGCAACUUCGUCUUGCAGCGCAACACGGCCUGGAACAACGGCGAUGUCGGGUUCAAGAGCACAACCGCUGUUACGACGUUCACCAGUAACAUCGCUGCAAGCAACAUCAAGAGCACAACGAACUCUGCACAAGUCAGUCUGAACAGUGCACAGAAGCAGACUGGAAACUCGUGGCAGGGCAGCACAACUUGGAACAACGCUGCGUUCAAAAGUGUCGACAUCACGCUUGUUCAGGGUAAGCGCGAUGCUACUACAGGCAAGAUUGCUGCAAGUGACUUUUUACUUCCGGCUAGCGGAGCAGCGAUUGGUGCGACUACUGUGUGGUCAUGA